GGUCCCAGCGGUGCGUCGCUGAUGCUAAACUGUGAUGCUACUUGAAGGGCUGGCUGCUAAAUAGUUCUUUGUGUACUCGCUGACAGGCGGGACUUUGAACAGGAACGACUCUGGGCUAGAAGACUUGCCUGCUCUCCUGACAUGACGCAAAGGGCUUUAACCCGUCACGCUGACAGCUUUUAAAACUUUACCUACUCUUCUUGCGACGCCAAGUUUUUUUGUGGGACAUGAACUACAGAGGCUGUCUCUUCUUUUCGUAGAGAGAGCGUUGCUUUUAACAUGAAGGAAUAGAGUCAUCAGGAAAAUAUUGGGGGGAUCCAUUGGGUAUUCAUCUGGGGUUUUAUUUUAACUUUAAAUGUUUGUGUUUGAAAUGAUGGCAGGGAAAUCAGCCCGUCAGCCCGGAAAUUAUAUAAUUAGCAUCAUUUAAUAACUACUGUAAAACAUUUAUUAUUGUUAUUAUUAUGGAUAUUUUAUUGUUUAUUGUAUGAUUAAGAAUAUUUAGCAUUCAUUCUUCAUGUCAAGAAUUGUUUUAGUAGUCAACAAUUAAAUGCUGUGCAUCUGAUGUCAUAUCGUUCAUCUUUUGAAUCAACAGCGCCUCUGCUGGCUGCAGCCAAGUAGUGCACUGACUCAAUUUUGACUCAAUUAUCUAACAAGUCGCAAAUUGAAUCAACAAUUCAACACAAUUGACAGAAUUCAUACCCAUUUACAUGAUAACCUGGGAGUGGAAUCGAAGCACAGACAGCGUUCCAUAAUGGGGACCACGGCCGUGCAUAUGUUGCUGCUAAUGGGCUGUAUGGCAGCCAGAGGAAUGUGCCAGAUAAACAACGCUGGAGCGGAGGAGGACUAUCACGCUGGAUUUCUCCUCCACUCCACCCUGCAGCCUCCGGGCCUCCACAGCACCUUCGUACCCAGCACAGAUGCCUGGGGCCCGGCAGCGCAAGCCCUGGGAUCCGGCUCCGCAAACGGCACGAUCAUAAGGAAGCCCUUGGCACCGCCCAUGUGCCGCGCAACCACUUCGAUAAAGGGCUACUUUAAGUACAUCAAUACGGUCAUAUCUAUCGUGGUGUUUGUGGUGGGUCUGGUGGGCAACGCCACCCUGCUAAGGAUCAUAUACCAGCAAAAGUGCAUGAGGAACGGGCCCAACGCCCUCAUCGCCAGCCUGGCCCUGGGGGACCUCAUCUACAUCAUAAUUGACAUUCCCAUCAACGUGUACAAGCUACUGGCGUCACGCUGGCCAUUUGACGACAGUGCCGUGGGCUUGUGCCUCUGCAAGCUCUUUCCCUUCCUGCAGAAAGCCUCAGUGGGCAUCACAGUCCUCAACCUGUGUGCCCUCAGUGUUGACAGGUACCGAGCAGUAGCAUCAUGGAGUCGAGUGCAGGGUGUCGGCAUUCCGCUCUUCACGGUCCUGGAAAUCAUCUCAAUUUGGGUUCUGUCGCUCAUCCUGGCCAUCCCGGAGGCCAUCGUCUUCGACAUGGUCAGCUUCAACUACAGGAACGAAACCCUCCGCACCUGCAUGCUUUACCCCAAAUCAGACUUCAUGAUGUUCUACAAGGAAGCAAAGGACUGGUGGUUGUUUGGCUUCUACUUCUGCGUCCCGCUGACCUGCACCGCCAUCUUCUACACCUUGAUGACCUACGAAAUGCUCAACCACAGGAACGGCAGCCUACGCAUCGCCCUUACCGAGCACCUCAAACAGAGAAGGGAAGUGGCCAAAGCAGUCUUCUGUCUCGUCCUCAUAUUCGCCCUCUGCUGGUUCCCACUUCACCUCAGCAGGAUCCUGAAGAAGACCAUCUAUUCCCAGAACGACGAGAUGCGCUGCGAUCUGCUCAACUUCCUUUUGGUCAUGGAUUACCUCAGCAUCAACCUGGCAACCGUCAACUCCUGCAUCAAUCCCAUUAUCCUCUACUUUGUCAGCAAAAAGUUCAAAAACUGCUUUAAGACGUGCUUGUGUUGCUGGUGCUACUCGGACAGCCAGCUGAGCAGCGUCGGGCCCAUGAACGGCACCAGCAUCCAGUGUAAGAGCCCCGAACCCAACAAUGUGCUCACCGACCGCAGCCUCAGGAAAGACAGCGACUGAACCCUCACCGCACGGACUCUUUCCAACCACUUCAGUCGCCGCAGCUAGCCUCACCCUAAAAUGCACGCAUUAAUAUGACACCUUUUGUUUUUUUAUCAACAGAAACACACUUAGGAACCUACUGAAGCCAGGAAAUAAGGUUGAAAAGGAAGUGGACUGAGCUGGGGGGUGGGGGAGGAUGCAGCUAAACUGUGAAUUACUGUCAAUGAGUAGCACCCCCGUCAUGAUUCCAGUAAACGGCGGUGGUAGCAGCAGCGCUACUGGGAAGGAAAAAGCAGACAAGCGGCUGUCAAAGGGAAUGAUGGGAGGCCAGCACUGGCACCGAUCCCGUGUGCUGGGAAACAGGAAAGAGACCAUACAUUUCCCAUUGAACACAGCUGUGGGUGUACUCAUUACUCAUUGAUUUAGUGUCCUUGUGUCGGAACGUUUUGCCUUGAAUGGUCUCACGUUUUACAAGUCAUUGGUGUAAACCAGGGUUUCCCCAAACCGAGGGUCAGCGCCCAAAAUGGGCGACUGUGGGUGAGGAGUGGUGAACUUAAGUUGGAAAUUGCUUCAAGCUGUUGCUAAAUGUUAUCUCAGCUCAUUCGCAUCAGGUGAUUGCAUGCAGAAUGCUGGUGCCAACAACUCUUACAGUGGUUUGUACAGAGAAAUACAGUACAGUGGAACCUUGGUUAGCGUCAUUAAUUCGUUCCAGAAGGUAUGACUGGAACGCUAACCAAAUCAAUUUUUCCCAUAAGAAAUAAUGCAAAUCCAAUUAAUCCAUUCCAGAGAGCCACAAAUGUUAACACACAACACAUUUUUAUAGUUUUACAAUUACAGUUUGACAUGCAGAAAACUAUUCUAAAUGCAUAUAAACGAUGAAUGGAAGGGAUAAAUGAACAUUUAAGGUUACUUUUACCUUCACUGAAGACAUGAUUGUCAUGACUGUCCCCAAAGACACGAUGUGGCGGCGAGACACCUCACAGACACCACCUUCCUGUUUUGACACGAGUUGUUUCUUGAAUUCAAUAGUGUAAUCAAUAGUUCACCUCAAGACUUUAACCCAAAAUGGAGCCAAAGAAUGUUGCAAGUGCCAGCAUUUUGAUGAAGAAGGUGAGAAACACUGUUGAAUUUGACAAAUAACUUUUGACAAAACAGGAAGAUGGUAUCCGUGUGUUGUCUCGCUGCCAGAUCGUGUCUUUGGGAACAGUCACAUCAUCAAUGAAAAUAAAAGUAACUUAAAUGUUUAUGUAUCCCUUUCAUUACUCAUUUAUAUAUAUAUAUAUAUAUAUAUAUAUAUAUAUAUAUAAUUGUUUUAUAUGUGCAUAACUAGAAUUAAAAAACUAUACAAACAUGUUUUGUGUUAACAUUUGAGAGUCAGCCGCUGAUGACAUCAUAGAUGGGCGACGUAACUUCCGGUUGCCAUUUUGUUUAGCUAGCUAAUAGGAUGCUACCAAGGAAGGAUGUUUUCUGAUUUAAAAAAAUAUAUUAACAAUUCAGAUGGACUCGAGCAGUGCAUUAAUAACACAACAAGACACGCACUAUAUUUUACGCUAACCGGAGAAUUAACGCAAACAGAGGCAAAAUUGUGGCAUAAGUUUUCAACGUUAACUAAAAAACACGCUAACCACGUACUCUAUUAUUUAAAAUGAAAAAAAAUCAGUUUAAAGACAUACGAUUUUUUGGAAGUGCGAUUUUUGGCUUUCCCCAAAUUGUUGCGUCAUGGAGAACAUUUGCGGUUGACCAUGAUGCAGUAACAUCCCGACACACAUCUGAACGUUCAUUGGCCACACUAAUUACGUAUGUGGGGUGGACGUAGGAGUCCGCAAGUGCGACGUACAAAAAAAUAGGCAUUUUGCCCAAGCCUGACACCAGCAAAACAAAACGUACGAAAGAUACACGUUGGCUGUACGGACGACGCAUGAAGACGUACAAAGUGUGCAAAUUUGUUUUGCAACCUGUAAAAAAACGGAAGCGGCCGUAGAGUUUGACAUGAAAAAGAACCUCUGCAGCCGUUUCUUGCGUUUUAUUCGAGUUUUGCAACCUAGGCUUUAGGGGAGGCCUGACAAAUUAAAAUCAUCUGUUUUUAUCAUUAGUUAAUGGACAUUAUAGGGCAAUACAUGAUGUAUUUUACUGUCAAUUCUCAAAUUAGAGCCAGGGCAUUUACUUUGCUGAAGCGCAAAAAGGCAAUAAUUGUAGAGAGUCUAUUUCCUAAAUGUGAGUCAUUAUAAAAUGUAUUUCAUAUAGUUCAUUUUUAGAGAGAGAAAGGGAAAAGGAAAACGUAGCUGUCUUUGACCACAUGGUCAUUUAUUAACAAGCGUACUGAUAACACAGCAGUAACACAACCAAUGUUGGAAUAGCGGUGAGGUGCAAACUGCUCAGUCAGAAUUAAUAGCGCCGAUGAGUUCAUUGUAAACAACAACACACAUGAGUUUUUCGCCAAUAACGGAUAUUUUUAAGGGCAUGCAGAGCUAGAUAAAGCUUUUGGAUGCUGACCACCCAUGAUACUUCACAUGCAGCUACUGCCAUCAUGUGGAGUUAAUUGAAAAAACAAACAAAAAAACAGCGACACCGUUUCUUGACCUAGCGCUAACUCGAGAGGCUGGCGGUUAUUUGGUUUUGUAGACCACACAUCUGAUGACUACAGUUAGAUUGAAUAAUUAAGCGGUGCAUUUAUGGUCAUAACUUUUGAGCUCUGGCCUGAAAAUGUUUGGGGAAACCCUGACGUUCAUAAUCACGUCAAAGAAAAACUAAACAUUACAAAUAGGAACGCUUUAAAUCGCCCAUUUAGCUUUUUGUCUCGCCAUAACAAUGGGAAUUUUGCCGCACAUUGACAUUUAUGCAAGCAUAAUCCUAUAUCCACUUUCAUAAAGUGUUUUCUUUUUGCAGUAAUUGUUAGUAUUACUCAGACUAGUUUCACUGUGUACUGACUGACAGGCGGAUUAAAAGUACGAUGGAUACAACAGCCUGCAGCUGGAAUAGCUACCGUACUUAAAAAAAUACAAUAAAAUAAAAUAAAAGUCAAUAUUCACAUUAAUACACCAUGAAAAUAAAUACAUUUCUUCAUAUUAUUUCUAUUUUAUUCUGUUUUGUGACUGAUCACAUUAUUUUAUCCAUUACUAUUUAUCCAAAAUGACUUAUUUUUACAGAAAAGUGGAUUGCUGAACAUGAAGCUAAAGUUAGCAUCGUGCUAACAUAGCUUAGUCCAGGGGUGUCCAAACUAUUUCCAGCGAGGGCCACAUAGUGCAAAAUCAAAGAAUGCGAGGGCCACUUUGAUAUCUUUUUUUAAAGCUACCUAUGCAGAUAUGCUAAAAAGUUCUCCUUUUUUCCCAGGUUUGCUGUUGUUUUUUUCCCCCAAAUAUUAAAAUUUUCUUCUUAAAUUCUCUUUUCGGAAUAUUAUAAGCUUAUUUCCAUAAUAGUUUUACUUUAUUCCCAUAAUAUUACAACUUUCCCACCUAAUUUUCCAAAAAUUACAACUUCAUUUUGUUUAGUUUCACAUAUGACGACUUUCACAAACGAAAGUAUUUUUAUUUAAUAUUUCAACUUUGUGAUAGUAAAAUAACGUUAUUUUUCCGCACAAUACUGCAAGUUUAUUCUCAGAAAAUUGCAACUUUUUUCUCUUCAUAGUUUGACUGGAUUCUUGUAAAAACUCAGUUUUUAUUUAAUUUCUGCUGCUGCUUUUUCUUAAUUUCCCAACUAUUUCAACUUCUGGUAAAUUUUCUUCUAAAAGAAUAUGACUUUAUUACCAUCAUAUUUUACAUUUAUACCCAUAAUAUGACAACUUCCUUCCUCCAAUUUUCCCAAAAUGAUCGCUUUAUUAGUUGUUCUGUUUGUUUCUCAUAUAAUGACUAUAAAAAAGUGUUAACAUUUCAACUUUAUGAUCCUAUCUUUUUUUUAAUUUUUCCUGUAAUAUUACAUUAUGAUCGUAAAAUUACAACUUUUCUCAUUAGAUUACAACUUUUUUCUCUUAAUAUUUUGACUUCAUUCUCAUAAAAUUACAGCAGUUUUUUUUAAAAAACAUUUUCCAAUUAUUUAAACUUUCUUCUUGUACAUUUUCUUCUCAUGUCAUUAUGACUUUAUUCUCGUAACAUAUUUUUUUCUGCAACCUAAUUUCCCAAAAUUUACAACUUUUUGUUGUUUCGUUUCUCAUGAUAUUCCAACUUUAAAAAUCGAAUAUCUUUUCCUUUAAUGUUUAAACUUUGUUACUUUUCCAUCACAGUAUUGUGAGUUCAUUCUUGUAAAAUUGCGACUUUUUUUUCUCGUUAGAAUAAGACUUUUUCUCUUACUGUUUUACUUGAUUGUAAAUUUGCACCUGUUUUUAUUUCAUUUCUGCUGCAUUUAAAAAAAAAUCCAACUAUUAUAACUUUCUUCUUGUAAAUUUUCUUCUCAUAAUUAUGACUUUAUUCCCAUAAUAGUUUUAAUUUUCACAUGUUCGUAACAUUAUGUUUCCCACAAACUAAUUUUCCAAAAAUUACAACUUAUUUUAUAUUAGGACUUGAAAAAAACUAACAUCUUUUUCUUUCAUGUUUCAAUUUUAUGAUACUAAAAAUGAGGUUAUAUUUCCUCGUAAUAUUACGUUAUACAUGUAAAAUUACAACUUUUUUCUCUUAAGAUUUUGACUUGAUUUCUGUAAAAUGAUUUCAGAUUUUUCCAUUUUUGCUAUUUCUUGUUAAAUUACAUUCUUAGAAUGUGCCGUGGGCUGCAAACGACCCAUGAGCCGCCCUUUGGACACCCCUGCCUUUGUCGAAUGGCUUUGUUCAUAUGUACUAAAACAUAAAAACGCAUAAUUUGCUUUCAAAAAUAUAUAUUUUUGUCUGUGUUUCUAUCAAGUCAUUACCUAAACAAACAAUGCAAACUAGGUCCAAUGUGUCUAUUUCUUGCCAUGUAUUCCCUCCAAAAAGAACUAUACUGCCUUAUACAGUAGUAUUUGAUGUGUGGCUGUGUUUGUUUGAAUGUGAGCACGUUUUUAAGGGUUCAGCUGGAGUGUUUUGCACGUGUGUACAGGCUAAAUAUGCCCAGAAUAUUCCGAAAGUUCUGUCAGAUUGUUGUCCUUGCUGACAUGACGUUAGCGCUGCUUCUUAUCAUAAUAAAUAUAUGUCCAGUGCAAGUUUAUUUCCACCGUGCUGCUAAUGUGGCUUCCUUGGGGAAGUGGGAGGAGGCGGCCCCAUGUGCUUCCCUUCGGCAUCUGUGAGAAAACGACGUCUGGGAAUGAUUUUGCACAGCACUGCGACCUGCUGAGCCCUGUGAUCCCAGCAACCCCCUAAGGCUUCCUGAUCUCCAUCCAUAGAGGAUGUGAGGCACUCGCUCUCUCGCUCGCUCACUUGCUUGCUUGAUGAUGGGAAUUUGACACGCACAACUCAACAGUCGUGUGUGUUGCCAACAGAGGAUCAAUGGAAGCUUGAGAUGUCAUGAUUUAGUCCUUUCACACGGCAGGAAUGUGUGCUGUUUUUUUCAGUAACAAGACAAGAAUGAUCUGAAAAAUGAUUCUCAAAAUCAAGGGAGUAUUAGGACAACAUGGAACUAAGUUGUAAUGUUAGAACAACAAAGACAACAAAAAUAUUUGUAGGUAUACGUGUUGGCUUGUAAUAUUACUGUGUGCAGUGGAGCCUUGGUUAGAAUCAUGAAUUCCUUCCAGAAGGACUCUAACCAAAGCGGACACUAACUGAAUUCAUUUUGGUCAUAAAAAAUAAUGUCAAUUAGGCCUGUUACAAUAAAAAUAAACUAUAUUAUUGUCAACAUUAUUUUGAGACCAUUUUUUCAUUAAUGUAACGAUAAUAUAUGGCAUAAUAAUGCAAGUACACCGUAUCAAAAGCAAUAAACUUAAAUUUAAGAGUAUUUAACAUUGUAAUUGGAAAGUCAAGACCUUUGAAAUAAAAAUAAACAUCAUAAAUUAACCAAACCAAAAAACAAUGAAAAAUCAACAGACUCAGUCUCAUUUAGUAAAAAUUGUAGUUAAAUAAAAAUCACAAUCACAACCAAAAACAAACACAAAAAACACACUUCAAUAAUAACCACACACACACACACAACAAUAAAAUCAAAAAAUAAAAUAGAGUAUCAAGUCUCUGUAAACAGAAUUGCACUUCAAGAAAUAAUGAACAUCCAUCCUUCCAUUUUCUAUGUUGCUUAUCCUCAUUAGGGUCGUGGGGGCAUGCUGGGGCCUAUCCUAGCUGACUUCGGGCGAGAGGCGGGUUACACCCUGGACUGGUCGCCAGCCAAUCACAGGGCACAUAUAGACAAACAACCAUUCACUCUCACAUUCAUACCUAAUUUAGAGUCGCCAAUUACCUAACAUCCAGUCUGUUUGGUAGAGAGAGGAGGAAAACAAACACGCAUGCACAUGUCAAUAUAUCGAGACCGGCAAAAUUGUUGUGUUCUUUUUUAUUUAUUGCACAUUCAAUUGAUUAUUUAUUGAUUACACAAAAAUGUUAACACAAAACACAUUUUUAUAGUCUUACGAUUACAGUUUUACAUGCACAAAACAAUUGUAAAGGCAUAUAAACACAUAAAUGAUGACUGAAAGGGAUAAAUGAACAUUCAAGGUUACUUUUACUUUCACUGAAGUCGUGAUUCUUGACGUGACUGCUCCCAAAGACACAAUCAUUCAGAUCUUUUAAAUUUCAAUUCCUAGUUUCAAUGCCCUGUCUGCCGACCGUAAAAAUAUCCGCGAACACCAACAAAGACGAGCGCAUCGAGCGCCUUUUUUCAUUUUUAUGCAGAUGAUACAGUCAUCUAUUGUUCCUCUCUUUCAAUUGACCAAGCCUUCAAUUUCUUACAGUCUGCAUUUGAUGCUGUUCAGUCACAUCUAAAUCAGCUAAGGCUAAUGUUAAAUGCAGACAAAUCUAAAGUUAUGGUUUUUGCAAAUGGAAAACAGCUACCUUCUCAGCUCCCUAAAACCAAAACGAAGGUAAAGAAAUUCAGAUGGUCUCAUCGUAAAAGUACUUAGGCAUUAUUAUCAAUCAAAUUUUUUUCCUACAUAUUGUCUUACAAAUUUGUCAUAACAUAUUGAGCAUCCAUCCAUCCAUCCAUCCAUCUUCUACCGCUUAUCCGAGAUCGGGUCGCGAGGGCAGCAGCCUAAGCUGGGAGGCCCAGAUUUUCCUCUCCCCGGUCACUUCGUCCAGCUCCUCCCGGCGGAUCCCGAGGCGUUCCCAGGCCAGUUGGGAAACAUAGUCUCUCCAACGUGUCCUGGGUCUUCCCCGAGGCCUUCUACCGGUCGGACUUGCCGUGAACACCUCCCCAGGGAGGUGUCCGGGAGGCAUCCUGACCAGAUGCCCAAGCCACCUCCUCUGGCUCCUCUCAAUGCGGAGGAGUAGCGGUUCUACUCCCGAGUCUCUCCCGGAUGACCCUUAUCUUUUAUCUCUAAGGGAGAGCCCAGCCACCCUACACAGAAAACUCAUUUCGGCCGCUUGUACCCGCGAUCUUGUCCUUUCGGUCACUACCCAAAGCUCAUGACCAUAGGUGAGGGUAGGAACGUAGAGCGACCGGUAAAUUGAGAGCUUUGUCUUUCGGCUUAGCUCUCUCUUCACCACAACAGACCGAUGUAGAGUCAGCAUCACUGCAGAUGCCGCACCAAUUCACUUGUUGAUCUCGCGUUCCAUCCUUCCCUCACUUGUGAACAAGACCCCGAGGUACCUAAACUCCUCCACUUGGGGCAGGAUAUUGAGCAUAUCAUCACAUAUUGAGCAUCUUGCAUGUAAACUGAAGCUAAAAGUUGUUUUUUUCUUCAGAAAUAAAUCCUGCUUCUCAGUUUAUACAAGGAAGCCUUUAAUUUCUGCACUUUCUUACCUUUGCUGGAUUAUGGUGACCUCCUCUGUUCUGUUCUGCUCUGCUCUGUGUGUGCACUCGCUAGCUCCCUGCCUCUCCCCGCUGGGACAAAGAGACUGAAUGACUGAAAGGAAGAAGAGAUUCACGCACUCCAUUCAUUCCGCUAUAGAACCUAUAGAACCUAUAGAACCUAUAGAACACGCCCAGGUGUUGAGACAGACCUACAGCGUGAACGGUCUUGUCAUCCAGCCUGUUUGGUAGAGAGAGUGGAGGAAAACAAACACGCAUGCACAUGCCAAUAUAUCGAGACUGGCAAAAUUGUCGUGUUCGUUUUUAUUUAUCACACAGUUAAUAAAAAAAAAAGAAAAAAAGCUUGACACUGUUUACUCUCUGCUAUAUGCUUCAUAACUGGCUGUGGCAAUGGUGUUCACCAUUGUACAUUGCAUGCUGCAGCUGAGUUUCCAUCCCUGUACGUUCGCAGGUGGACUCACUGGUUGACUUUCAUUUAUAAGUGUAUUCUUGGGCUCCUACCAUCUUACCUCUGUACAUACUGUACAUGCAUAAAUGCCAACAGCGGUAUGUUCUGUGCUCUCAGAAAAACGUACUGAUGGUUGUUCCUAGAGCCAGAACAGAGCUAGGUAAGACAGCAUUCCGGUACGCUGCACCCUUUUCAUGGAAUGUUCUGCAAAAUGACAAACUUAUCUCAACUUGUUGCGUUAGGAGAAUUUAAGGCUAUUUUUAAAGAGGCUUGGUCAAUGUAACUGUUUUUAAAUUGUUGAAACUGUUGAUUGUUCACUGUAAAUGUAUGUUGGGAAUGUCUUUUCAGAAAUGUUGUGUUAUGCUGCCAUCUUGGCCAUGUCACUCUUGUAAAAGAGAUUUUUUAUCUCAAAGGGGCUUAUCUGGUUAAAUAAAGGAUGAAUGAAAACGAAGCCGGCGAGCACCAGUGAAGAAAAAGCGGCUACAAAGUUUGGCCUAACUUCAUAAAAAAAAAAAAAAAAAAAAAAGAGCAGUUGGCUCAGUGCAACAUAUGCAACAUAAAACAAUGCAGUCAGAAUCAGGGAAGUCAAACAAUAAUUGACAUCUGUCUCAUGCCAAUGUAACCCAGGCUUUCAGGAUGCCUGCUGAUGUGGAAGUUUGGUGUAAAGGAUGGGAGCCACGACACAGCGCAUCUCAUUUAGCAAAAGAGACCUUCAACACACACAACACACUUCUGGUCUUCAAAAUAAGAGAGCUUUGCACUACAUCCUGUUUACUUGUGGUGACCAAAAUAAGGGUGUCAUAAAAGAUACACCAACACCAACAUUGAGGCAGCAAAGUAUACUAGUGCUAAUAUGGUAGCUCAAGACUCACAGCUCAUAGACAAAGCUUUUACAAGUUGUUUGAUAUUCUACACCCAGGUCAGUGCAUGUUUAAGUGCC